AUGAACUCAACGACUCCGAACACAAGCACCUCACCUUGGCCAGACCUCAAAGACAACCUUCCCACAGGAAGCACUCAGCAAACUCGAGCAUCAAGCUCAGCUACGUCGGCGCAUCCUCGAUGGCCGAAUCCAGAAGCCUCGAUUGGCAUUCCGUGUUGUUCCUUAGGCUCACAGAAAUGCUGGGAAGUUGCAGGUCCAGCUCUUCACAUUUCACGAACCAUUUUACGAGAUAUUGCAGAGCUGUUGAAUCAGCAUUCCGACUAUCUACAUAAUGUUUCUAUUCUGUUCUCAAUCACAUUUGGAGUAUUUAUGAUUGGAAGCAAUGAACACGACGCAUCUCCAACGUUGGUCAUCAGCACCGAGCGAAAAGUCACACGCAUCAGAUGCCUCAACAUUGUUCGAAGAAGCGGAGUACUUUCUCGAUUCCCUGGUGUAUUGCUAGGAAGCAGCUCUCACUCUCCUACUUCAUUGCAACGGAUUCAAUCUCGAGAUACCUUGAGUGCCGCCGACAGAGAAUUUGUGUUCUUUUCCCCAUCCAAUACGAAUGAUGUUUGCGGUCGAUCCAUUCAUGUCAUGGAAAGGUCCAUGCCAGGCAACCUAUGUCCGACGUCCAUCUCGCAAAAGGCGACGAUUGGAGGGUUUGUGCGGCUGCGAACUAGUGAAUAUGAUUACGUUUAUUGUGGUCUCACGGUAGCACAUGCCUUCAAAGAUGGAACCUACUUUCCGGCUACAAUCUCAAAGAUGGAUUUUACCUUCGAUGGAGAGACGCCUCAUUCACAAGACGACACUGGCGAUAUAAUGAUGAGUGAUGGUCCAGAGUCCCAGUCGCUUGGGCAUAGAUCUCAAAUCUGCAAUAUGAUCAAUGUUCCGCCUCAGGACAAAACGUACUCGAAUUUGGUUGAGAGUAUGAGCAUUGUAGGCAUCGGAAACCAAUUAGCAUCAUCACUCAAUGGUCAACAUCCUGACUUGGAUUGGGCAUUGAUUGAGAUACAACGUCCUCACUACGAACCUGCAAAUGUCACAUCAAUAGACUGGAUCACUGGAGAGUGUCAACUUUAUGUUGAGCGUGUUGUUCCUUCAAUAAGGGAUACCGUGAGCGUGCUUAUUGUUACAAGUGUCGGUACUCAAACUGGUUUCGUAUCGGCAUCAUCUAUCUAUUACAAGUCGCAUCAAGGAGCUUCAUCCGAAGAGGUCUAUGUUGUUCGACUCGACGGCAGACUUGACAGCGGUGUUACUGGAUGCUGGGUUAUUGAUCCAGAGAGUGGCGAUCUUUAUGGUCACAUUAUCGCAAGUUGUCCGGAAGCUAGGACCGCCUACGUUGUACCAGCCUAUCGAAUAUUCAACGACAUCAGGGAACAGCUAGGUGGGACGUUAGAGCUGGCAAGCAGAACUCGAACCGACGCAGAUAGCACAUCACAAAUGCUCGGCAUGAAUCAAAGUGACGACGCAGUAAUACGGCAGCUGCAGAUACCCAAGGCCAUAUUCGCAGAAAUGGCUGUCGAGACAGAAGCAAUGUACCAGGCACUAAUUGUAAACCCAUCCAACCUGAAGCCAUACAUCAAGAAACUCUCACCCUACUCCUGGCACGACAUCUCCGACAAAGCAAAAUACGAAACGAUGAUUCGAUUGAGCUGUUCAACUAAUCCAAGAGCUCAGCCAUAUUGGCAAAAAGGAAAGACAGGGCACAGUGCUAGUAACCUCCCUGCAAAAUGGUUCCUGUUCAGAAGAUUUAGGUUGGCGGGGACCAGUCAACAGAGAAGCUUUGGUGAGGCACAUCCCGAAGAUCUGGAUAUGAUGUUUGUGGGAAGGCCAGUCUCAAGGAUGAGUAAUUGUUCCGGUAUGUCUGUUCUGACGGAAGGUCCGAGGUAA